AUGACAACGAAGGAAACGGCUGAUACUUCCAAGAAAUAUAGAAAAGUCCCAUUAUACCCAGGAUUCCCAGAAUUGGCGCGGUCGGAUGUCAGCAUUUACCCUAGUUACACCAAGUUGGGCUUAGCUUAUCGAGUAGUGUGCCGUCAUCGCUACCACUGGGCAAAAGUAGCGCAACACAAACAGUUUAUGAAAGAGCUGCACAGUUUCGAGCGGCUGCAACCCAACGCUUUAGAUGGCGUUAGAGUACAUAGAGAGUUCUCCCAAGGCAUUCUAUCCCACAAGAUCCCAUCACGGCGCUACAUACAGAAGCUCACUCCAGAUCCACUCACAUCUCAACAGAGGAUGAGGAUUGAAGAAAUUAUAAGUGGAAGAGUAAACUUUAGCAACAAAUGA